AUGAGAUUGGGUAUAACAGAAAAGUGUCCAAUAAUGUCGUUGAUUGAACUUAAACAUUCAAAAUAUGCUGGCUCAAUCCAUUUAAUUUGUGCAGAUCCAUUUAUAACACCUUAUUGGACACCAUCUCAAUUGGUAGUAUAUAAAAACCAUCGAAAAUCUUACGUUCGCAUGGCAAUCGAUGCGACAGGCAGUAUUGUAAAGAAAAUAAAAAGAACAAAAGAAGGUUUACUAAGCAGCCAUAUUUUUCUGUAUGAAGCUGUUAUCUCCUCUGACAAAUUUCAAGUGUCAAUCACACAAAUGAUCAGUGAAAAACAGGACACAUUUACAAUUUUUUCAUGGUUGAGUAUGUGGCUUAUAGAUGGAGUAAAAGCACCACAAGAAACAGUCUGUGAUUACUCUAUGGCUCUUUUAGGUGGAAUAACUAGAGCAUUUUGUGAUGAGUAG